AUGGGAGGUUCCCAGUCCACAAAUACCCCUCUUGACUGUAUGUUAGAACAUUUUGAAGAAGGUUUUGUUGGCAACCUUGGGGAAUAUGAUCAGACCCCCGGCAGGUUGCGAAUCUUUUGUGAAUUAGAAUGGCCCACCUUUGGCGUCGGAUGGCCUCCUGAGGGGACCUUUUCGGUUGACAUUGCACAGAGGGUGCAUAGCAUAGUGGUAACCCCACCAGGAGACCACCCCGACCAAUAUUCCUAUAUUGAUUCAUGGCUCAGCUUGCUCCAGAACCCGCCCCCUUGGUUGAAGCAAUGCAUGAAGGCAACUAAAACCGUUUUAUUGGUGAAACCAAGAAGAAAGUCUAAUAGGGAUGCGUCUAAGUGUUGUUCUCAAGCGAUUGGCAAAGCAUCCUACCCAAACCAGCUAGAAAGAGGCAAGCGCCAGCAACCUCUGCCAAAACAACAGUUUGAAAAAUUGAUCUACCCCACUUUAGAUCAGGGGAUAGAUCCGGCGGAUUUUGAGUGGCCUCUUCCUUACGUACCUGCUGCGCCUCCUAUGGGGCCCCCUCAACAAGUUGUUCCCGCAGCACUCCCGGCUGCGCCCCCGCAGGAAAAUGCGCCUGGAGGGGGAGCCCAUAGGUCCGCAACCCCGUCAAGCAGGCAACCGCCACCGAAAUCGGGCGCGCCACACCCUGGGGUUAGACAACACGCCAUGACUACCAGGUCCCAGGUACCGCCUCCUCAGGCAACCGCCUUGGCCCGGGCGCUGCAAGCAGGACCAGAAUACCCAUGGACCGCUCCUUGGAGCCCCACCUUGUCUAGCAUUUUGGAUAGAAAGGUCCGGGACAGGUCCAACUCUUUACCGGGUCUCCCCUUCGCUCUGAGCCCCGGCAGUGCAGUACAGAUAAAGAUUCAGGCGCCGGAGGAUGAGGAAGCGGCCCCGUCUGGGGGUCAGGCGGCGGCUCUGCCUCCCCCCGGUUCUCCCUCGGGCCCUUCGGCGGCCCAAGUCAUGCCCUUACGGCAGGUUCAAACGCCUCAGUUUUUGGGCGCAGAUGGGAGGGUCGAGGGAGGCCAGAGCCGCUAUAUUUACACACCCUUCUUCUCUGCCGACCUUCUUAAUUGGAAAACCCAUGUAGCCUCCUAUACCGAAAAACCUGAAGCGCUUACGAAUCUCCUGACCAGCAUAAUGGGGACUCAUUGCCCAACCUAUCUGGACUGCCAGCAGCUCUUUCUGACCCUCUUUACAACGGAGGAACGUCAGCGUAUUUUCAGAGCCGCUAAAAAGAAAGCUGAAGAAGCCACCCCUGCCGCAGUGGCGGACCGUGACCAGUGGCUAGCAGAAAGCUUCCCUGACGCGGACCCUGGCUGGGAUCCGAAUGACACCAAUCACAUGCGAUUGUUGCAGGCAUAUAGAGGCUAUUUGCUGGCUGGAAUGCAGGAAGCCGCUAAGAAAGCCACCAACAUGAGUAAAAUUGCUGAGGUCCUUCAGAAACCAGAUGAGGCCCCAGGAGCCUUUCUUGAGCGCCUAUACGAAGCUUACCGAUUAUAUUCACCCUUCGAUCCAAAGAAAGCGGAGAAUCAGCGGAUGGUGAAUUGCGCUUUUGUCAGCCAGGCAGCUAAUGACAUUAAGCGGAAGCUCCAGAAGCAAGAGGGUUUCGCAGGCAUGAAUAUCACCCAGCUGCUAGAGAUAGCCCAGAAAGUGUUUGUAAAUCGAGAGCAAGAGGCUAAAAAGGCAGAAGACAAAAAGCUUAAGAUGAAGGCCGCCCUACUCGCUGCUGCCAUAGGGGAACACAGUGGAAAUCAGGGACCCCGAGAAGCCAUCACCAAGCAGACCGUGCCCAUCGCCGGGGCCACGGGACGGACAGGGCCCAGGCCGUUCCUGCAAGAGCGGAUUUGCAGCUUGGGAUCCCAUCUUGUCCAGCAUAAAUUCCUGUACGUCCCUGAGUGCCCCCUCCCGUUGCUGGGGCGAGACAUCUUGUCCAAAUUAAGGGCGGCCAUACACUUCGAAAAGGAUGGCCAAGCCACAGUGACAUUUAGAGCCAGCCCAGCAGGGAUGUAUGUGCUUACCUGCCCCAUAGAAGAAGAAUGGAGGCUGUUCCAGAACCCCCCAGAAAACAUCUUGUCGGACCAGUGGGCUUCCAUAGUCCCAGGAGUCUGGGCCGAAGAUAACCCACCAGGCUUGGCCCGAAAUCAUGCCCCAAUCAUCAUUGAGCUUCAACCAGGUGCCCAGCCUGUGCGUCUACGACAAUACCCCAUCCCCUGGAAGGCCAUGGAAGGCAUCCAAAAGCAUCUCGACAGACUACUAGAACAUGGCAUCCUCAAAGACUGCCAGAGCCCCUGGAACACUCCAUUGCUGCCAGUCCAAAAACCUGGUACAGGCGUAUUUAGACCAUGCCAGGACCUGCGGGCUGUAAAUAAAAAGACUGUGACAUUGCACCCGGUGGUGCCAAACCCUUACGUGCUAUUGGGACUGGUGCCGCAGCAAGCCGACUACUUUUCUGUCUUAGAUCUUAAAGAUGCUUUCUUCUGCCUACGAAUUGCCCCCGUGAGCCAGCCCAUUUUCACGUUCCAGUGGCAAGAACAGGAUACUGGAAGGAAACUCCAGUAUACGUGGACCCGGCUCCCACAAGGAUUCAAAAAUAGCCCUACUCUCUUCUCAAACGCGCUGGCGCAAGAUCUGCAAGACUUUGAUGCAGCCCCCGGACAAUGUGUUCUUAUUCAAUAUGCAGACGAUUUGCUGAUCGCCGCACACGGCCAGGAGCGUUGCUACCAAGCAACUGUGGAACUCUUAGAUUUGCUAUGGAAGGCCGGUUACAAGGUAUCCAGAAAGAAAGCCCAGCUGUGCCAAGCCCAAGUGAAAUAUUUGGGAUUCCAUGUGUCCCAAGGAACUCGAGCGUUGGGACGUGAGAGAAAGGAAGCUGUUUGUGCCCUACCCAUCCCUACCUCAAGACGUCAAGUAAGGGAGUUUUUGGGUGCAGCAGGAUUCUGCCGAGUGUGGAUCCCGAAUUUCGCUCUCAUAGCAAAACCCCUAUAUGAAGCUACAAAGGGGGGAGAGAGGGAACCAUUCUUGUGGGCACCAGAGCAGGAGAACGCUUUCAAGGAAUUGAAGCGACUGUUGAUGGAAGCACCCGCUCUAGGGUUACCAGAUGUGGAGAAACCUUUUACCCUCUUUGUCCACGAGCGAAAUGGAGUGGCCAUCGGAGUUCUGACCCAGGUGCUAGGCUCUUGGCAUCGUCCGGUUGCCUACCUGUCAAAGCAGCUCGACUCAGUAGCAAAAGGAUGGCCCGGCUGUCUCCGUGCCAUUGCAGCCGCAGCUGAACUCAUCAAAGAAGCGGAUAAAUUGACUCUGGGCCAGGAGCUUGAAGUGAAGGUACCUCACGCUGUUCUCACUCUAAUGGACUAUAAAGGAAAUUAUUGGUUCACUAACAGCCGAAUGACUAAAUAUCAAGCCAUGAUGUGUGAAAAUCCCAGAAUUCGGCUAACUGUCACAGGAGCAUUGAACCCUGCAUCCCUACUCCCAAUCAGUGAUCAGCCUGUUGACCACGACUAUAUCCAGACCAUGGACGAAGUAUAUUCCAGCCGCCCCGACCUGACGGAUGCACCUCUGCCCAACCCAGAUGUUGAGUACUACACCGAUGGGAGCAGUUUCGUCCAAGACGGAAGCCGCUACGCUGGAUAUGCUGUCGUCACGCAGCAGAGUAUUAUUGAGGCGCGACCCCUGCCGCCCGGAUCGUCCGCUCAGAAGGCCGAAUUGAUCGCCCUUACUCGAGCUCUAGAAUUGGCGGAAGGGAUAGCUGCCAACAUUUACACAGACUCAAAAUAUGCUUUCCUGACUUUGCAUGCUCAUGGAGCACUCUACAAGGAGAAAGGACUCAUGAACUCGGCAGGAAAAUCUAUUAGAUAUGGCGCUGAGAUUUUGAAGUUGCUGGAGGCUGUGUGGGCUCCACGAAAAGUCUCUGUGAUGCACUGCCGGGCUCACCAAAAACCCCUAAGUCCAGUAAGUAUAGGGAACCGAAAAGCUGAUGAGGCAGCAAAGCAAGCCGCGAUGCAAGACAUGACAAAGGAGGAAGAGCUUGUUUGCCCUAUCUUCCAGGUCCCGCUGGCCGAAUGGACCCCUAGGUACAGUAUGGCUGAGGAAAGCUGGGCCACAGCUCAGGGCGCCCCCCAGGUACGUGUACAGGGAUGGAUUCAGUUACCCGAUAAACGUUUGUUUGUACCCGAAGCCCUGGCUUGGCCCCUAGUUGUACAGGCCCACGAGGGAACACAUUUUGGGAAAACUGCUUUGGCUGAGCUAUUAGAUAGGCAACUGUACAUUCCAAAAUUGCAUAGCCUAUGUGAGAAGGCAGCCCUUAGGUGUGUUCCUUGUGCGCGCAACAACCCAAGACAGGGGCCCAGUCACCCCCCAGGGAUACAGCAUACAGGGACCACCCCCUUUGAGUGUAUUAUCACAGAUUUUACUGAAAUGCCAGGUCAGGGUGGGAAAUAUUUGCUUGUGUUUGUAUGUACCUAUUCUAAUUGGAUAGAAGCUUUCCCCACAAGAACCGAGAAAGCAGCAGAAGUGGUAAAGCACCUGCUUAAGAGCAUCUUACCUUUCUGGGGUCUCCCAGUGACUAUCUCCUCUGAUAACGGUCCGGCGUUUAUCCAUAAGAUAGUUCAGGAGGUAUCAAGAGUGUUGCACAUUGAUUGGCGAUUGCAUGCCGCCUACAGGCCACAAUCCUCGGGAAAGUGUGAGCGAGCCAAUAGGUCAAUAAAGGCCCAAUUGUCAAAACUAUGUCAGGAAACCAGUUUAAAGUGGCCGGAGGCGCUGCCAAUCGCUCUGUUUAGGCUCAGGUGUUUGCCUAAGAAAGGCUUAAAGCUUAGCCCAUAUGAAGUUGUUUUUGGGCGACCACCUCCAAUUGUAAAGGGAAUAAAAGCCGACCCAGUACAGAUUGGGAACCUUGUUUGGUUCCAGGAAAUACAAUCAUUGGGGAAGGCAAUAAAUGAUGUGUCAAAGUAUGUGUUGGAAACUUUGCCUUUGCAGGUCCAUAACCCGGUCCACCCGUUCCAGCCUGGGGACACAGUGUGGGUAAAAGUCUGGAGAUCGCAACCCCUCCAGCCAAAGUGGAGAGGCCCAUUUACUGUUUUGCUCUCUACCCCGACUGCAGUUAAAGUCCAAGGACUGGCCCGGUGGAUUCAUUGGACUCAUGUAAAGCGAGCUGCCCCUGAUUGGCAAGUGCAACCGGUUCCUGGAGAUGGACUGAAACUGAGAUUCUCUCGAACGGAUCAUGGCCCUGAUGAUAUGGAAGACGCAAGGGGCCCCGAUACGAGACGCCCAACACCAGAGAGGUCGAGUCCAGGUUAUGUCAGUAUACACCCCGCCCCCAUUGGGAGAAGUCCCGAUAGUCACACCAGCCCCACCACAGCCCCUAGCACCAGCGCCCACAAUCCCGACAAGAAUGACGCAGCACGCUCCGAGCCCCCAGGCCCCAGCCAAGAAAAAGGCACAGGGGACCAAAAAGAGAAAACAAGGGACCAGCCAAAACCGAGGCCCACGAGACCCGUGGCAUGGGACUGGUCCCGGUACUCCCCAGAGGGUUGCGGGGAUGUUCUCCCAUGGGAAGACUCCAGUGCACCCAUUCCAUGA